GGACUACUCGGCGCGCGUCUACGAGCAACAUUGGAUCGUGCGAGCAGCUGAACGAGGUCUGAGUCGGCGACUGGUAUUCCUGCUGCAGCUGCGGCGAGCCGUGCGAGUCCUGCUGCGGCCGAGUGGACAGGCUGCAGGAGAGCACCCUACCGCCAUUCGUGCGGCCUGUACCCGUGCAGUCGUUAGUCAUCGCAGGGACGGGGGGCAUCAACGCAAGCAAGCCGGCGCAGUCGUAGAAAUGUGGGACGACACCGCCGACAUGCCCUUCGAGCAGCGCUUCAUCGCGCACAGGACCGUGCCCGUCGGCCCCGCGGCGCUGGAGUUGGAGCAAACACCACCAACACUGGGCGGCACAGAUCCAUUAGGCACGGCCUGCACGGUGUGGAAGGGCGGCGAGCGGCUCGUGGAACUCUUGCAGUCGCGCCGGGAGCUCGUCGCCGGCAAACGCAUCGUCGAGCUGGGAAGCGGGACGGGCAUCGCCGGCCUCGCGUGCGCGGCGCUCGGCGCCGCCCGCGUCGUGCUCACAGAUCUGCCAGAAAACCUCGCCCUCCUCCGACGCAACGCGACGCGCAACGGCUGGGUCCAGUCCCUGUGUGGGUGCGACGUGUCGGUGGCGGCCCUCGAUUGGAAUACGGAUGCCCUGCCGGCCUGCGAUCUCGUGCUGGGCGCUGACGUCUGCUACCACCAGGACAGUGUACAGGCGCUGUGUUCGUUGGUGGACGCGGCGAUCGCGGCCGGCUCCACCGCUCUCCUCGCGUGCGAGCGGCACGAGCCAAUAGCCUACGCCUCCCUUGCCGCCGCGCUGCGGAGGCACGCCGUCGAGGUCCUCCUCCGCGACGAUGGGGGAAUGAGGCGCUUCGAGGUGCUGCUCGUGCGGCCCUCGGGGCGGGAGCGUGUCGCCAUGGACUCUCAUCCGCUCGCGGCGCCGCCCAAGACAGUCGCCGUCGACGCGAGCCGCCCCGACUGGGCCUCGCACUGGGCGCACGUAGCCGCCGCGCCCGACGACGGCCGCCUCGAGGCCGUCUGGGCGCGCGGCGACCGCGUGGAGAGCCUGCAGCUCGUCGCGGACGAGGUCGCGGGGAUGGCGGCGACGGCUCAAGACUUCGUGUCGGCCGUGCGGACGCUUGAUACCUUCGCCGCAUUGGUCCUCGCGCGCUUGCGGGAAAAAGAAAAGGACCAGCGCGCGACGCCGACGGCGCGCGACACGCACGGGAAUUGGAUGGCGAAGGUCCACGCGCUGCGGCUCCUCGCGCCGCGGUUCUAUGUGGAAAGUGCGCUACUGGGCUGUUGCGAGUUCGGCGACGAGGCCGUCGACGCCGUCGCGGCGCGGCUCGCGAGGGUUGCCCGCGGCUUCGGCGACGCGUCCCGGGGCGCGUUCGCGCGGUGUUACCUCAGCAAGUGCGCCCUGGCCGCGGGCGCGGACCGCGGCGUCCUGGCGGCGCUGCGCGACGACGUGGCCGGCGGCGACGGGCCGGCCGUCGCGUGGAUUUUGAAGGCUGCUGGCGGCGGGGCGCCUGUGUAG